AUGGCGCAAACUGCAACUAUGCCAGAACGAGGAACCUCACCUCUGGCCUCAAACAAUCCUUUUCGCAAUCGGAUGCCUGAUAGUGCCACCAGCCCAAAUCUGGCCCCGGUCAAACCUGCCUCUACAAAUCCCUUCCUGGACAGUAGCGAGGAGGCCCCGUCACUAGCCAGAAACAAGAGCGCGACAAGUGACCGCCCGGCGAAACCCUCCAGGCCCGUGGACACUACUGCAGAUAUAUUUGCAUCUCUCGAUAUCAAUGAUUCUGCAAAACGUCCACAGAGACCUCCCCAAAAUGGAAGCUCUCGACGGGAGAACAUGCCACCGCGGCCAAAUGGGUCUCAAGGCCCUCCUGGUCGCCACAGGCCAAGCAAUUCAGAUGAAGAACGUCGGAGGCAACGAUCAAGAAAUCGGGGCCCUCCUAACGAGCUAGACAUCUUUGCAGACCCAUCUGAUACCCGCCCACGCGAAAGACGCACUCAACGCCGCAACUCAGAGUCUUCGAUCCGGCACAAGCCCCGAGACUUGGACCCCGAAGCAGAGAAAAGGCGCAGAGAGAGAAAACAACGCGAAAAAGAUGGCACGAGCUCUCACCGGUCUAAGAAACCCAACAGGAAACUGGAUGUCAUUGACAAGCUCGAUGUCACGAGUAUCUAUGGUACAGGAUUAUUCCACCACGACGGCCCAUUUGAUGCCUGUAACCCUCACCGCAAUAGAAAAGGUUCUAGACAAGCUCCGAUGCAGGCUUUCCCGAAAGACUCGAUCAACAUGCAACUUGGUGGUGCAGGACCUCUCAAUAAGACUCUGAAUCUUGAUCAGUACAACGGCACUGGUCAGGAGGCUCAUGUGGAUUACAAUGAAGCUGCAGUCGUGGACGAAGAUGCUGAUUACUUCCGCCGACCUCAAGCCGAGAGAAGCGCCAGUUUCAACCCGAUUGCCCGUACGGAGCCUGUUCAUGGAAAUGAAACUGCAGGACUCGGCACCAGCACUUUUCUAGAGGGUGCACCCGCAAGCCGGGCCGCCAUACAGCGCCGGGAGAGCGAAUUCGAGGCCCAGCAGCAAGCGCAGGCCAAUGGUCUCUCUCGGAAGAAAAGUCUGGCACAGAGAAUCAAGUCUGUCCGUCAGCCUCGACCGAAUCUCGGUGAUAGUGGCCGCAUGACCUCACCAGAACCUGUCGCCAGUCCAAACAGCCCCCUGGGAACAACCAAGUCGGAGAAUAAUGCAAACCCGUUCUUCAAAGAGUACGACAGAGAGUACGAGAAGAAGGGAGCUCAAAUUGCUUUUGGGGAGGAACAGCAGAAGCAAAGUCGAAGUCGGGCGCCCAGCAGUCCACGGCGCGGAUUUGCUGGUCUGGAGAAAAAGUUGACUGGUGACAGUCCUAACGGCGACGACGGCAAGAUUGGUGGUGGCUUCCUAAGUCGAGUCAAGAGUUUGAAGGGGGGAGGUCGCACCCGUGGAAGACGAAACACCGAAACUUCUGGAGGUCCGGUUCAUGCAAGCUGA